AUAGUGAGAUGGUAGAGCAAGGGGCUCCAAGAAUACUAGCCACAGCGACCUACUCUGCUUUAAUAUUUUCUUAGUCUCACUAAACUUUGAGCUGGAUUCGGAUUGCUUUGUCGCAGAUACACAUACAAUUCUUGGAUCUUGAAGCCACACCCGGCUGCUCCUGUAUUUGGAACAUUUGAUUUUUCCCAAAAAAAAUAGAGUCAUGGCGUCGUUACCUGUAGGUCUGAGAAACCGUGCGCCACCGGUGCCAGACAUCUCCCCAGCUCUGCGAAACCUGCAGUCUCAGUAUGAUGCGGCCGAAAAAAGGACGGAGAUGCUUUGCCGGUAUUCAUAGUAAACCUCAAAGAGAUAUUAUCAGCGUGAGCGUCCUCUGAUAGAAGUGGAUGAGUAUGAGAGAAUCGUUUGAGAUUGAGUUCUUCAUUUGAAUUUCAAGUUUGUAGUAAGGCAACGAACGGGAGGUAUACGCAGUCUGGAUCUGCUCUUCUGAAAAUUUAUGAGAUUCUUCAACUCCAUAAUACUUUCAGCAUCGUCGUUUUUUGUGGCGUCGUUGGUGUGGUGUUGUAUUUCCUGAGUCCGCAAGGCUCACCCGAGCAUGCGCAUUCUACCUCAUUUGACGGAAGCAACCCAAGGCCAGAGAUGUACGCGGCCCUUCAGCGACAGCUUCAGGAGGAGGAACUUAGUGGCCAGGUCCGCUUUCACCCACCGACCGGCUGGUUACCAGUCUCACCAGUCGUGCUUCUAACAUGCGGCGCAGCCUUGUUCUUCGCUUAUCUUAUGGCAACCAAGGCAGACUUCGUGCCAGGUGGAAACCAAGGCGUUGGCGUUGGUGGAAGCAUUAAAUACGAUUACGGCUCAGCAGUAGGUGGCAUGGCAGGCGCCCACGGCGGUCCGACGAUUGGGGGACUACCGCAAGCGCAAGGAGCCUACCCGAGUGGCCCACUAGUGGAUCUCCGGCCCGGAGAGACCCGUCCUAACGGCGCAUGGCCAAACACUAGCAUUGUGGGCGGCGGCAGCCAAUUUGUCGACGCGAUUGGAGCAGGUAAGGGCUUUUCUGUGCUCUACCAUACUAGAACUCAACAGAAAUUGAAACGCUAGACUGCUUCAUAGGCAUACUACAGACUAAACAACGUAUUUCAAGCGUUGCAGCGACAAUGUUGAGUUUUCUCUUUUAUAUGCUCGACGUUUUGAUCUUCAUCUCCCUGCCCCAACUACAGCUGGCUCUGUCCCUGAAACCUCUGGCGGUGGCUCCACAUCGAGCUCAUCCUUCGUAAGUCCACCAGUACCCAGUGCGGGAAGCUUCGCACUAUCAAGACUGCAGAGUAUGGUUUUUGGAGAAAGAAAAACGGAGCAUGCGAAAUACGACGAUCAACUAGUAAGACAGGAAUUUCCAGCGGUUCCUUGGCUAGCGCAGCAGCUAGAGGCGAUGGUGCAGAACAGCAUCAUUCCGCCACUUCUUCGUACUAAUUGUUACAUUCUUGACAACUUUUCUCAAAACUGAAGAUUUGCCUCUAACGCAAUAUCAAUGUCCAUUUCACUCUUCCUACAACGAUAUUCAUUAAUCCUAGAAGAAGAAUAUGAUAGAAUAAUUUAUAGAACGGAUGUUGUAGGAUGGACUUGGAUGGAUCGGAUGGACCCCCCUAAGUCUUCCGAUCCUACUGGAAAUGGUGGGAAGUCCAUCCGAUCCAUCCGAUCCAUCCCAUCCCGGACCUGGCACACCAAUGAGUUAAUUAUUCUAUAAUAUGAAUACUUUGUCUUUUCAUCACGAGCAAAACUACCCUGUAACAGAGCAACUCCGGGAAAGCGACGAGUUGUGGACCCAGGGUUUGAGACGUGUUGGCAAGACACUUUCCUUUGAGGAGCCGACGACACGCACUGGCGAUAGAUCAAAUUUGAACAUCGUGAGUGUUUUUGAUCGCAACUUACCUCCAGAGCUGUCGCAGGACGCAACGGCAGUGAGAGAGUGGAAACGCAGACAAGAGAUGGAAGUCUACCUGUGUCAUCCGUCCUUCGCCGGAACGAGGAAUUACGUCUUUCAGAGGUUAGUAGCGUUUCACACUCACGGAUUCAAGCGGAACUACAACGCAGAACAUAGGGACCAGGUAAUAAACUCAAACAUGAAGAAGUAGAAGUACUUGUGACUAAGUAUCUAUGUUUGUAUAACCCCUAUGUAGUUGACACUUCAGUGAUGAAGGAACAACACCAGAACGACCACGACCGUGCUCGACAGAUUUGUUAAGUACAUUUUUGCUCGGCUUGGCCUUCAUUAAAGUCAAGUCAUGCGUAGGUCUAGGUAUACAUAGUAGUAAUGCUGAUGAUGAACUCACGAACAGGUAACACGCAUAACGGAUUCGCACAUUCUCGAGAAUCUCAUGAUGAAAACGUUAGAGAGCAACCUCGGACACGAGUUUGCCGCUAGAUACACGACUACAUCAAACACCGGAUUGACCGGAGGCUGUGCCGGAAGCGCAGCCUACCCAAUAGCUGGCUCUACCCCUUCCGCGGGUAUGAAUUCCAACUCUAGUGUGCUCCUGCGCGCCUCGCGACUACCCCAGGGCGGCGUGGGAUACGAUGUUUUGGUCUCGGGAUCACCAGCUAGUUCACUGUCCGCGCAGUCCUCUGGCUUUAGGUCAGGUGCGGGUGGUGUGGUAGCAGGCAUGCUGAACACGAUCAUGCCGCACUCGCGGACUGUCUAUCGCAUGCAGAAUUUGCUGGAAGCAUUUGCGUUAUUUUUCUGGCUGAAGCGGGGCGACCCAGACUGGCCUCAUUUUCCAGCGGGCAUCGUCACAGUAGUCCGAGACGCAGAGCAAAUGCACUUACGCGCAUCGAGCAAAAACCUAUAUUCACACGAGAAUUUGAUGAAUACCAACUCAGCUGCCGCGGGACCGGGAGCAGGUGCUGCUGAAACCGGAGCACUAAGACAAAACAAUAGAGGGAGCAGCACUGGUAACCAACUUCACUUCUCGUCUCCAAGGAAUGGUGCUAAAAUAGCGGGAGGAGGCAUAAAUAGCACAAACUUUGGCGCGGACAUGCAACGAGGGAUGAUAAACUCUGGCAGCAUACUGAGCGGUGUUGGGAACAGCGGAUUCAGUGCAAACAACGCCUUCGCGACGCCACGCUUUGGAGGCAGCAGUGUGGACUUACACAACUCCAGACUAGACCCAUUAUAUCGAGGUGGAGUAAGCACGCCGGGUGGGGCGGCUACCUCGGGUCUCGGUGGAUAUGGCAAUCUCGGAAGCACUACCUCUUUUGGACACUCGCCUUCGUUUGCAAGCACCUUCUCAACCGCGGGAGGUGGAAUUUUCAGAUAGAACACGAAAGCGAAGCAACUCUUUCUCUUAUUUUCCCAUAUUUCUCAACAUACUCAAACUCAUACUCGUCCUAUCUCUAUUUCAUUAGAAAUUUAAUAUCAAUCAACGCCCGGUGUUGAUAGCCAUUUUUCAGGCCACUGGAGAAUCUAAAUCUUCCAGUUACGUCAAACAAUCAUUUAUUUUUUCCUGAACCAUGCAUAGCGAAAGUUCUCUACAACUCUUCUGCUCGCAAAGCAUAAGGAGCUCAAGAGGAACGAAACGGAAAUUCCGCUAGGGUUGCGAGGUGUCAAAGAAGCACCGGCAAGAUUAUUGUUUUUGUUGAUCAUGUUCAUGACCUCAGGACCACAACAUACAAUGCUGCAAAGUUCGCUGCAUCUUGCAGAGCGUAGGUGGACACCACCAG